UGUUCGUGCAGCUCUCUCUGCUUUACUCGCGUGUGUGAUAGGGGGUGCCGACACGUACACCGACAAGAGGAAUUCUUACUGAUCCUGCAAACACAUAUUGUAAUUUAAGGCUGUUCAGGUUAACACAAAAUGAACGCAGCACUCAAAGCAGUUGCCAAAGCUGGCCAAAAAGUUGCAUCAUCAAAAAAAGCUGGUGAGAUUUUUCAUGGAAUAACAGAGGCUGCAGGGGCAAUGUCCGCUAAAAAAGAGGAGCCUGCUGAAGGGGGAGAAACAGAGGAGGGUGAAGAACCAACCCAAACAAGUCCACUUCUUGAAGACGAGAAGGCGAAGGCAACAGAGGGUGCGGACUCCAAAGAAGCCCAGCCUGCUGCCGCUGCUUCUCUCGUGGGCGGUAUCAUGAAUCUCGUUCAGAAAGACAAAGGAAAAACUGGAAAAAAAGAUGCAGAGGCAGGCAAAGAUGGAAAGAAAGAACCAGAGCCGUUACUGACAAAAUUGGUGAAAAGCGGGGUUAUGCUUGCUCCAGCAAUAAAAGACAAAGCUAUGGAGAAGAUGAGCACGUGGCCCAAGCCGGUGAAAGUGAUUGUUAUCAUUAUUGUAGUACUAAUACUUCUAGGAGCAGUCGCUGGUCUUUUGGUAGUAUUUGUAGUGCUACCAGCACUUGAAACUAACUCUACAACAACUGUAGCACCAGAAACAACUACGGGGAUUGCAACUACAAUUUUAGAGCAGACUACAGAGUACAUUACAGAAUAUACUACGGUAUAAGGGAACACAGGGACAUUAUUAGGAAACAUGGAUGGCCG